AUGACAGGUGAUCUUCACCACACCGGGGAACCGAUUGCCAUCGUGGGAAGUGCUUGCCGCUUUCCUGGUGAUGCAACAACACCCUCGAAGCUAUGGGACUUGCUCAAAGCACCUCGAGAUGUUCUUAGUGAGAUUCCAGAAAGCCGCUUUAGCACCAAAGCAUUCUACCACCCCGAUGGCCUUCACCAUGGCACAACGAAUGUUCGACAUUCCUAUUUGCUGUCUGAAGAUCAUCGACUGUUUGACGCCCAAUUCUUUGGAACCAAACCAGUGGAAGCAAACUCGAUUGAUCCGCAACAAAGACUGUUGCUCGAGACUGUCUACGAGGGACUCGAAACGUCUGGCAUUGCCAUGGAAAACCUACAAGGGUCUAACACCGGUGUAUAUGUUGGGUUGAUGACCAAUGACUAUGCCGAUAUGUUAGGUCGGGAUGUGCAAAAUUUUCCAACUUACUUUGCAUCGGGAACUGCUCGAAGCAUUUUAUCCAAUCGAGUCUCCUACUUUUUCGACUGGCGCGGACCUUCCAUGACCAUCGACACGGCAUGUUCUUCUAGUCUGAUUGCCCUACACCAGGCCGUACAGAGCCUUCGAAGCGGCGAGACUGAUGUUGCGGUGGCAGCAGGAACCAACCUUCUGCUGGGACCGGAACAAUACAUCGCAGAGAGCAAGCUGAAGAUGCUCUCCCCGACGGGGCGUUCGCGUAUGUGGGAUAAAGGCGCAGAUGGAUACGCACGGGGUGACGGAAUUGCUGCCAUCAUACUCAAACCACUGAGUGCAGCAUUGGCGAAUGGAGAUCACAUCGAGUGCAUCGUUCGGGAGACAGGUGCCAAUCAAGAUGGUCGCACUAAAGGAAUUACGAUGCCCAACCCUAUGGCUCAAGCAGACCUUAUUCGGACUACGUACGCUCGAGCUGGACUCGAUCUUUCCAAACCCACGGACCGACCACAAUAUUUCGAAGCUCAUGGUACCGCAGGUGACCCAGUCGAGGCGGAGGCCAUCAGCACUGCAUUCUUUGGAAAAGCAGCCAAAUAUCAGCGCAAUGGUACCCAGGAGCAUCCCUUGUAUGUUGGGUCCAUCAAAACAGUGAUUGGCCACACCGAGGGCACGGCUGGAUUAGCAGCGGUCCUUAAAGCGUCGCUUGCUUUACAACAUGCCGUCAUCCCGCCAAACCUAUUGCUCACCGAAUUGAGUUCCACGGUACUUCCCUUCUAUAACGACCUUGAAAUCCUUCAAGUUGCCAAAGAAUGGCCCCAACUUCCAGACACCCCUCGUCGUGCUAGUGUUAACAGCUUUGGCUUUGGUGGUGCAAAUGCGCACGCAAUUUUGGAAGAAUUCGAUGGGCGCCUGCUUGCCUAUGGUCACAACGCUGAAGAUGGCAUAUCCACAGCAGUGUCACCAUUCAAUUUCUCUGCCUCCUCCGAAAAGUCGCUUCUCGCCAACAUUGCAGCAUACUCGGCAUAUUUGCAAAAUCAUUCUGAUAUCAAUAUGCGUAAUUUGUCAUGGACAUUGAACUGCCGGCGUUCCACUCUGCCAGUACGGCUGUCGGUGUCUGCAUCAAGCCCAGGAGAGCUUGCUGCAAGGCUGGAUGAGGCAGUGGCGUCCUCGGCAAUAAUACCAAGCACGCAGACGGGAAGUAUCCGCGAACCAAAACUCCUUGGAGUGUUCACAGGCCAAGGAGCACAGUGGGCAAGGAUGGGUGCUGAAUUGCUCGAAAGCUCACCGAUGGUCAGUGAUUGCAUCGCCCGCCUCGAUCGGUCUUUGCAGGAACUACCCACUCAGCAUCGCCCUGUUUGGUCGCUGAAGGAGGAGCUUGUUAAAGACAAGUCCUCAUCUCGUAUUGGCGAAGCGGAGUUUUCACAACCUCUUUGUACUGCGAUUCAGAUUGCGUUGGUUCAGCUUCUCCAGGUAGCCAAUCUGAAACUUACUGCUGUCGUUGGCCAUUCGUCCGGUGAGAUUGCCGCAGCGUAUGCCGCGGGAUAUCUCAACGAAGAGGAUGCUAUCCGCAUUGCCUAUUACCGCGGAUGGUCUCUACAAUACGCGACCGCCCAGGGAGGAAAGAAAGGGGCAAUGAUGGCCGCGGGAACAUCAUUUGAAGAUGCAAAGGAGCUCUGCGAGAUGCCUUCACUCGAGAACAGAGUUUGCGUAGCAGCUAGCAACUCAUCCGCCAGCGUCACUCUUUCCGGGGACGCUGAUGCGAUCGACGAGGCCAGGGAAAUCCUUGAAGACGAAAAUAAAUUUGCUCGCUUGUUGAAAGUGGACCAAGCUUAUCACUCACAUCACAUGCUUUCCUGCGCAGCUCCUUAUAUCGCAGCGAUCCACAGGUGUGGUGUAACCAUUCAGUGUCCACCGAGUGGCAGUGCUACCUGGAUCUCCAGUGUGUAUGGCGAGAAUAUUGACAAUGUCGAUGACAACCUUGCCGACAUGUACUGGAGCAACAACAUGGUCAAGCCCGUACUAUUCUCCCAGGCCGUCACUUAUGCAGUUGGUGCAGCUGGCCCAUUCGACUUGGCUUUGGAGAUCGGUCCUCAUCCAGCAUUGAAAGGACCUGCGAUGCAAACAAUCCAAGAAGUGUCUGGCCAGACAUUGCCUUACACCGGGACCUUGAACCGUGGCAGAAAUGAUAGCGACGCUUUCUCAUCCGCACUGGGUGCCCUGUGGAUUGCCUUGGGCGAGAGUGUCGUGGACUUCGCAGGAUUUGAAAUGAAGGCAAUGCAAAAGCAAAACAGUCGAACAACUCCAAAACUCAUCAAGGGACUUCCAUCGUAUUCGUGGGAUCAUGACCGGGUUUAUUGGCACGAAUCUCGGUCAUCUACCGCAAUCCGCACUGAAAAGGAACCAUUUCACCCUCUACUGGGUGUCAAAUGCCCCGACGGGACAGAAAAUCAGCUACGCUGGCGCAACUACCUUCAUCCUAGGGAGGUUCCUUGGCUGGCACAUCACCAAGUCCAAGGUCAAAUGGUAUUCCCUGCAGCUGGGUAUAUAUCGGCGGCGGUUGAGUCUGUAAUUCAAAAGUAUGGCCUGGGUUCAGUGCAACUGAUCGACUUCCAUGAUGUCGUCAUUGGACAAGCAUUGGUCCUUGACGAGAACGGGGGAGUCGAAACAAUUUUCAGACUUUCGAUCGAUCAAGUUCAGGGUAAUUCCAUGUCUGCGUCCUUUGCUUGUCAUUCCGACGCCAAUAAGGGGUCAUCCACCAUGUCUCUUCAUGCAUCUGCCACUCUGAAAAUUAUUUUGGGCGACCCCAAUCAUGAUAUCCUUCCACCACACGCCCAACCGCAAGCUUCAUUCCUGGAUCUGGAAGCCGACCGAUUCUACAACUCAGUUUCCGAACUUGGGUUUGGCUACACCGGCCCCUUCCAGGCCCUUUCCUCCUUGCGCAGAAAAAUGGACGAGGCAUCAGGUUUAAUUGCUGUCCCAGUGGAUUCCGAAACCGAAAGACCGUUGAUCAUUCACCCAGCAUCUCUUGAUGGGGCCAUUCAGUCCAUCAUGCUUGCUUAUUCUUUCCCAGGAGAUGGACGUCUACGCACCCUUUACCUUCCCACUCGAAUCGACAGGCUUCGCCUCAAUCCGACCGCCUGCGUCGCUCUUGGUGCCCCCGGUGCAGAUCUGUCCUUCUAUUCUGCAGUCACAGAUGCCCGCUUCGCCGAACUCUCUGGUGAUGUUGAUAUAUUUUCCGCAGACGGGAGACAUAUUUUGGUUCAACUUGAAGGUCUUCAUACCACACCGCUGAGUCCGUUGACAUCCACAAACGAUGUUCCCUUCUUCACGGAAGUGAUCUGGGAUGUUGAUAGGCCCACCGGAUGGCAACCAAAGAAAGCUGAAGACAUGCUUCCCCAAGACCGUUCCCUAGGCAUGGAUCUCGAACGCGUCGCCCAUUUCUACUUCAAGAAACUCGAGAAUUCGCUUCAGCACUCCGAUCGUGCAAAUGCUACUUGGAACCAUACACAUCUUCUCUCAUAUGCGGAGCAUUGUACAACAUCCGUUGCGAAUGGAAAACAUAAAUUCGCAAAGCCGGAAUGGGCAAAUGACACCAUGGAGCAUGUUGCUCCAAUUCUAGAUCGCCAUCCCGACAGUAUCGACAUCAAAGUGCUGUCUGCAGUUGGCGAAAACCUUUCUGCUGUCAUUCGCGGAGAUAUGAAUUUACUUGAAAUCCUGAUGCAUGACAAUAUGUUAGCGGAAUUCUACGCCGAAACACUUGGGAUAGAUGCAUACUUGGACGCUAUUGCUGAAAAAGCUCGCCAGAUCAGCCAUAGAUACCCCCAUGUUAACGUUUUGGAGAUUGGAGCCGGUACGGGCGCUACCUCAGAUCGAGUCAUCCGUGCAAUGAGCUCCUCGUUUGCGUCAUACACAUACACCGAUAUUUUGGACUCGCAGUUUGAUGACGCACGUGAAAGAUUCUCCGAUUAUCAAUCCAGAAUGGCGUUCAAGGUGUUGGACAUCGAGAAGGACAUCGGAGAACAAGACUAUGAACAGGGUUGUUUUGAUAUUGUCAUUGCUCCUCUGGCCCUGUACGCCACCAGAAAGCUUGAAGUAACCCUGACAAAUGUUCGUCGGCUACUGAAGCCUGGUGGGUACCUGGUUAUGCUCGAACUGACGGACUCAGAUGUCAUGCGCUUCGGGCUCAUCCUUGGUGGCCUACCAGGUUGGUGGCUAGGCUACGAAGAGGGAAGAACACUAUCCCCCUGUAUAUCGGAGGACAAAUGGGAAGGACUGAUGCAAAAGGCUGGAUUUUCUGGUUUCGAAGCCCUGUUGUCGUCUUCCAGAACCUCGCCUCUGCCAUUCUCUGUCAUGGUUACUCAAGCUGUCGAUCACCGUGUCAAUUUCCUUCGUGAUCCCCUAGCGGCGAACCAUCUACCACUGGGUGUGGACUCGUUGACAAUCAUCGGAGGGAAAUCAUCCUUGACUGCUGAUAUGGUAGUCGAUAUCAAAACCGUGGUCCGUCCCCACUACAGCAACAUCUACACAGCCAGUUCUUUAGGUGACCUUAUCUCAGCAAACCUACCGGUAAUGGGGUCAGUGAUUAGUUUGAUUGAAUUGGAUGGGCCAGUUCUAAAACACAUGUCUCCUGGGAACCUGAAGUCAUUCCAAGAGCUCUUCAAACAAAGCAAGAAUGUUCUAUGGCUGGGACACGGUGCCCAAGGGGAGAACCCCUAUGCCAACAUGUUCGCAGGAGUUCAACGCACACUGGCCAUGGAGAUGACUCACCUCCAUAUCCAUUUCCUCAACCUCCAUUCGCUUCAUGACGCCGAUGCCAAGAUUAUCGCAACAAAGCUCCUCCAUUUGGAAGCUGCCGAGAUUUGGGAUCAAAGUAGCCAGCUCGAUGGGAUAUUGUGGUCCAACGAGAGGGAGUUACUACUAAAAGAUGGUCACUUCAAAGUUCCUCGAUUCCGCCUCAACUCUGGCCGAAAUGAUCGAUACAAUUCCUCAAGGCGUCUCAUCAUUAAAGAGGUUGAGCGUACCGGGUCUGUGGUCACCAUCCAACCAACUGAAAUUGGAUAUCAAAUUGAAGAAAAGGACUUUCGAGCCUCGCCCUCUUUCCCGGAUGAUGUGGAUAUCGAUGUGACUCACUCUUUGCUCCGCGCCGUCCGUAUCACUCCAUCGGGCAAUUAUUUCUUGGUAGUUGGGAGAAAUACCUGGAAUGGUGAGCGUGUGAUCGCGCUGUCACAUACUCUGGACUCUCAAGUCCGUGUGCCGCAUGGCCUCGCGGUGCGAUGUGUAGAUUCCGAAGAGCUAGGAAUUCGAUCGAUGCUCACCCUCUAUUUCCAUUUCCUUGCCCUCUCUAUGCUUCAACACCUUCGAUCGGGGACGACAUUGGCUGUGUUAGACCCUGACUUCUCCCUGUCACCCGUCCUUACGAAAUACGCAAGCGAAAAGAAUGUUCAACUUGUGCUUUUGACAACAAAGGAAGGACAUUGCUCGUGGCCAUGGAUCCAAAUCCACCCAAACUCCACCCGGCGUGAAGUACUGAGCAAGUUACCUAGCAAUAUUUCCCGCCUUGUGAACCUGAGUGGUAGCUCCGAUGUGACUACUCUCCUGAAGACAUGCUUGCCGACAGACUGUAAUUUCGAGAGCGAGGGCACUCUAACUGCCAACUGCUCCCAAUCCCAGUACACCUCAGAGAGAGGCCAAUUGGCUAUGCAGCUGCAGAUUUCCUGGGGGAGAGCACAAUACGACCUGAUACCAUUCAAUAUGCACAAGUUUGUUCCUAUAGGGCUCGAGGACCUGAUUCGUGCACAAUCGCCGCUUGCGGAACAGUCUUUAAUUUCAUGGGGUCAAUCGAAGCUUGCUGUCCAGGUUCGCCCUGCUACCAAACAGGUCAAAUUCUCAAAAGACAAAACCUACUGGCUAGUUGGACUGACAGGCGGGCUCGGUUUGUCGCUUUGUCAGUGGAUGAUCGGACAGGGGGCACGAUACAUUGCGCUAUCAAGUCGAAAUCCAAAUAUUAAUGACCAAUGGCUGCAGAGAAUGGCUGCGAAUGGCUGCACUGUCCGAGUCUUUUCGAACGACAUAACGAAUCGGGAAUCCGUUCAAGCGACCCAUCAGAACAUCAGCGAAACCAUGCCUCCCAUAGCUGGUGUUGCGCAAGGUGCCAUGGUGCUCCAGGACACAAUGUUCAUUGAUUUAGAUCUUCCUCGCCUUGAGAAGGUUCUCCGCCCUAAAGUUGAAGGUAGUAUAAUACUGAAUGAACUGUUCCCAGAGGACACCUUGGAAUUCAUGGUUUUCUUUUCAUCAAUGGCUGCUAUGACAGGAAACCCCGGCCAGGUUGCCUAUAAUGCUGCGAAUAUGUUUAUGGCGAGUCUGGCAGCCCAGCGCCGAAACCGCGGCCUGGCAGCACAUGCGAUUAACAUCGGCGCGAUUGUCGGUAACGGCUAUGUGACGCGAGAGCUUAACAUGGGCCAACAGUCAUAUCUUUACCGAGUCGGCCAUUCUUGGAUGUCUGAGCAAGACUUCCAUGAGGUGUUUGCCGAAGGUGUACUGUCCUGCAGGGAGCGUACAGGAAGCGCUGAGCUAUGCUGUGGACUCAGAAUUGACGAUGACGAGUCAAAGAGUUGGAUUUCUAACCCAAUCUUCCAACAUCUGGUCCACAAGUAUAGCAAUCUCGUGGUGGCAGACAAGAAAGGAAAAUCUGGCGUGUUGAUAAAAACACGCUUGUUCGAGGCAACUUCGAAUCACGAAGUUAUCGAGAUCUUGCAAGAUGGCUUUGUGUUGAAGCUCCAGUCAGCCCUUCAGGCUGAUCCCAGCAAGCCUAUGUUGGACAUGAGUCCAGAUGAGCUUGGUGUGGAUUCAUUGGUCGCUGUUGACCUUCGAUCAUGGUUCCUCAAGGAGUUGGGGGUUGAUAUGCCGGUGCUGAAAAUCUUCAACGUGGCGUCCAUUCGUGAGCUUUUGGCCACUGCUGCAGAGGUUCUGCCAGAAUCUUUGAUUCCAAAUUUGAUCCCUGGCGAACAGGCUGUAAAGCCACCGGCGUACCAACCCAAUCCUUUGGUGGCUGCAACAGCUUCACCCGCAGAUUUGCCCGUGGAUAUAAUAGUUGCAGAGACUAGAGCCAGCUCCGUGGAAUUGAAGAUUGCACUUCCGGACGCAACAAACGCGUACAGUGGCAGCUCCGCGACAUCUUUGAUCACUGGGGACUCGAAUUCCGAAAAGGACGGCGACACCUCCUCAUCCGUUUUUACUGACGACAGCGAGAUGAGGCUCCCAAAACGUGAAAUCCAAAGAACUAUACCAAUGUCCUACGGGCAGUCGCGUUUCUGGUUUCUAGAGCAUCUGGUCGAGGACAAGACCGCAUUCAACAUUACACCCACGUUUGAAUUAUCUGGUCGCCUAAGAAUUGAGCAAUUUGCGAAUGCUGUACAAACUGCGGGACAACAUCACGAAGCCUUGCGUACUUUCUUCUUCACUGACGAAGAGCGGAAUCAUAUGCAAGGCGUUUGGACGAAGUCUUCCUUGCAGUUGGAGCAUGUUGCAAUCUUGGACAAGACCGAAGUCGCAGAGGCCUCAAAACAGAUGAAGGCACACGUGUUCAAUCUUUCUGAUGGCGAGCUCAUGCGUGUUCGGCUGCUUUCGCUCAACCAAGAUAAGCACUGGAUAAUCUUCGGCUUCCAUCACAUCAACAUGGAUGGCAUUAGCUUCGAGGUAUUUUGGGCAGACGUGGAAAAAGCAUAUGAAGGCCAAGCCCUUUCCGAGGAUGGACUUCAAUAUCCAGACUUUACUAUGCGGCAGCUUCUUGAAUACGAAAAGGGCGCCUGGGCUGGGGAUCUCGCUUACUGGCGAGCACAAUAUACACAGAUUCCACCCGCACUUCCCCUUCUUCCUUUUGCCCUACAACCCAUGCGCCCCAAAGUUGCUCAAUUUGGGUCUCAUACUGCCCAGAUUCGUCUCGAUGUCAGUUUGUCGGAUUCCAUUGACCGAUGUUGCCGGAUGUUCAAAUCAACACCCUUCCAUUUCCAUCUGGCAGUUUGGAAGACCCUUCUUCUGCGCUUCUUUGAUACGAAGGAGAUUUGCAUCGGCGUCGGAGAUGGGAACCGUACGGAUGCCGACAUCCUGCGGAGUAUGGGGCUUUUCUUGAACCUCCUUCCUGUGAAAUUCUCUCAACAGCCAGGCCAAUCCUUUGGGGAAUCUCUCAAGGAGGUCCGGAACAUCACGCAGCGUGCAUUUGCCCAUUCGCGUGUGCCAUUUGAUGUGAUCUUGACAGAGCUCAACGUUCCCCGAUCCGCAUCACACAAUCCCCUAUGCCAAACACUCUUCAACUAUCGACCCAAAGUCGAGCAAUCACGAAGCUUCUGCGGUUGUGUAGCCGAUGGCGCACUUUUGGGCGGCGGCGAAACCUCUUUUGAUCUCGGUCUGGAUGUUGGCAACGUCGGUGCCGGCGAGACGCUAAUUCACCUGUCUGCCCAGAUGGGCUUGUAUGGAAUGGAGCAUGCGGAAAUUCUGCUCAGCUCCUAUGUCAAUCUUCUCCGGUCUUUUCUUCAAAAUCCAGCGACUCGUGUGACCUGGCCGGGAUUGCAUUCCAAAGAUGACCUCCAGAAGGCAGUGGCUGCGGGCCGAGGCAAGUCAAUUCCCCAUAAAUGUAGAUCUUUCGCUAAAACCCUAAAUUAG